CCCUUCUGUGCUCAGGGUCGCGCCCGCAAUCGCUGGGCCAUGGGCGCCGCCGGCUCGUCGGUGCUGGCCCGCCUCGGCCUCCCCGGGCGCCCAAGGCCCGGCUGGCUCGCGGUCGCCGCGCUGGGACUGGCCGCGGUGGCGCUGGGGGCCGUCGUCUGGCGCCGGGCGCGGCCCAGGCGGCGCCGGAGGCUGCAGCAGGUGGGCACCGUGGCGCAGCUCUGCAUCUACCCGAUCAAGUCCUGCAGUGGGGUGUCUGUGAGCGCGGCGGAGUGCACGGCCCUGGGGCUGCGCAGCGGCCACUUGCGGGACAGGUUUUGGCUGGUGAUUAAGGAAGAUCAACACAUGGUGACAGCCCGGCAGGAGCCUCACCUUGUGCUGGUCUCCAUCACUUAUGAGGACGAUCACUUCAUCCUCAGGGCGCCAGGCAUGGACCAGCUGGUUUUGCCGAGCAAGCUGCCCUCCUCGAACACGCUCCGUGACUGCAGGGUGUUUGGUCUUGACAUCAAGGGUAGGGACUGCGGUGACGAGGCUGCUCAGUGGUUUACCAACUUCUUGAAAACAGAAGCUUUCAGGCUGGUUCAGUUUGAAAGCAACAUGAAGGGACGAUCAUCAAAGAAAAUCUUCCCUUUUGUCCAGAAUUACCAGGUGGCCUACCCGGACUGCAGCCCCAUCAUGGUCCUCUCGGAAGCCUCCCUGGCAGAUCUGAAUACGAGGCUGGAGAAGAAAGUGAAAAUGAGCCAAUUCAGGCCAAAUAUCGUGGUGACAGGCUGCGAUGCUUUUGAGGAGGACACCUGGGAUGAACUCCUCAUUGGCAACGUAGAAAUGAAAAAGGUGUUGUCUUGUCCCAGGUGCAUUAUGACCACAGUGGACCCCGAUACCGGAGUGAUGGACAGGAAGGAGCCGCUGGAAACCCUGAAGAGCUACCGCCUGUGUGAUCCUUCUGAGAAAGCAAUUUACAAGUCGUCCCCACUUUUUGGAAUCUAUUAUUCGGUGGAAAAAAUCGGAAGUCUGAAAGUUGGUGACCCCGUGUACCAGAUGAUAUAGUGACAGAUCCACUAGGAUGAUUACGGUUUCAGCAUCCAGAAGGCAUCCAACAGGAUUUUAACGACCGUGCCAGCACCACCACCUGCGCAAAUCGUUAUUACCCAGCCUUUGCCCAUCUCCUACCUGGAAAUGAAUCUCUGUUUUUGACUUUUUUGGAGUUACGGAUACUCUGUGUUAAUGCAAGGAAAGUAUUCAAAGUGAUUUGGGAAUAAGAAGAUAUAUAGAUUUUAGGUAAUGAAGACUUUUAAAUAAAUAAAAUUGUCAAUACAAUUGUUUUGAAUGUUACUGUAGCUACUGCACAUCUCCAGUCCCCGACAUUAAUACUGAUGAGUAAGGAAAGUUGAAAGAAUCAGCUAAAAAGCUGAAACAUUUUUUCUGAAUGUUUAUAUUUGAUCACAAUCAUUCUAUGUUUUAGGAGAAUUGGGAAACAGCCGGUUUCCUGAUGUGCCUUUACAUGUUAACACACGAAUUCUUAUUAGUUGGCUUUUUUGCAUAGAUAUUGAGUCUGUUCACUUUUUGCUCCUGUGAUUUUUGAACCCACUGGUCUGGAAUCAAGUUGGAUUUGAAAAUGGAAAUCAUUCUGUAGACUUUGUUUCUGUGUUUAAUGCUGCCUCUCUUAAGUCAUGUAAAAGUACUUGUGUGUAACUGACAGGUACAUCACUUGGAAUUCCAAGUCUGAUGGAGAAUAGGAUGUGAAAGAGAAUGGAAUUUUGAGAGUCCAAGCAGGAGGAAGGGAGCAUGAACGUAUUUUCCUAGAUGUAAUUUUUAACAUAUUUUCUUAGAUGCAAUUUUUUUGGUAACAAAGGGAAAUGAACUAUUUUCAUAUGACCAAUCAAGAAUUCUUACUGAAGUAAUAUGUGAAUGAAUUAACUCAUUUAUAAUGUUGAGGUUUCUUUAAUAUUAAUAAAUGUGACUCCGAA